AUGCUCAUUAGCAUAGUGUUAGAAGUCAACUCGCAGAUUCCCGCUGAGGCCCUAGAACUCAUCAGAAACAGACUCAGCCAGGUGCACCAGCUGCUUCGGAAACUAGCAGACCAAAUCAACCUCCACAACCGCAACCCUGCCAAAGUGAAGCUCCCGUCUUAUCUGAACCUACAGCUGCAGUUUCAAGUUCUAAUCACGCAGCUCCAGACGAUAGCGGCGAGAUUGGACUCGAAUGACGAGGUUCUCAAGGCCACGAACGUGUAUCCACUUCCUUCUUUUCCUACCACACAACAGGAGGGGCUAGUGACCACGUUGCUUCGAAAAAAGCCGCUUCCAGAGGUGGACGAGUGGAUUGACGCUGCAAUUGCCGAGAGCGAGCUGUUCAAGUUGCCCAUUCACACAGACGACGAUUUCGCUGAGUGGUGCUAUGCGAAGGUGAAGGAGCUUGAGGACGAGUUUACGUUUGAGGGGUUCCAUUCGGAGAAGGAGUUGGAGUUUAUGGAGACCGAAGAGGGUCAGAAGAGCGAGAAGGCUCGGAAGGAUGCCGAGGAGGAGAAGGAGAAGCUUGCAAGUGAGAUCAGCGGAGGAAAGACGCCCAUGUCACCUAACGUGGUGCUCCGCUUCAUGAGCCGGGGUGUCCUACAAUAA